UUUGUUUACCUUAUGUUUGCAGCAAGGAUUUGGCUACAAAGGAAGUAAGUUUCAUCGAGUCAUCAAAGAUUUCAUGAUUCAAGGAGGCGAUUUCACAAGGGGAGACGGAACUGGAGGAAAGAGCAUCUACGGUGACAAAUUCAAGGAUGAGAACUUCAAGCUAAGCCACUAUGGAGCAGGAUGGCUAAGUAUGGCUAAUGCAGGAAAGGACACCAAUGGUUCUCAAUUUUUCCUUACUACAGUCAAAACAUCAUGGCUUGAUGGUAGACAUGUUGUCUUUGGAAAAGUCUUAGAAGGAAUGGACGUUGUGAGAAAGGUAGAACAAACUAAGACAGCUCGACAAGACAAGCCCGUCAAAGAUUGUGUUAUUGCUGACAGCGGCACGCUUGAAGUAGCAGAGCCUUUCGCGGUAGAAAAGAAACCAGUCGUAGAGUAAACUUCCCUUAGCCCUUCCUGCCUCUCAGACUAUGUCACAAAUGAUUACCCCGUUAGACAAUUUACAAUGUAGAUGUAUAGAUUGUUUAGUGUUUAUAUGCACAUGCAGUUUAUGCAACUUUCAAUUCGUAGUGUAAUAGUAAUAGUAGUUAUUCCACUUCAAGUAAGAAUAUAUUAUAAGAUGUCUUAUUUUCAAUCUGAUGGGUAAAAUUAUUUUACUGUCUUGAUGGAUGGUUCUAUAGGCUUUCAAUUUGUUAGCUUUACAAUGUUCACUUCUUGAAAAUCAUGAAAUUGCUCUGUUAUUGCUGCCAGAUUCAUUGUUGAUUGCAGUAGGACCAUUGUGCAUUGCAUAUAGGUCCCGUUACUUUGGGACUUGUUAUUCUUUUAACAACAAAUGAACAAUUUCUGUAACAAGUUUGCUAUCAGCCAAUGAAAUUGAAUGCUUUCAGUAGCUUUAAACUGAUAUUUCAAAUAUGUAACUUUAACAUGUUUUAUGAAACGUGUCCCUGGUCCGUAGAUCUUUCCUCCUCUGUAUUGAUUAACUCAAUAUCCCGUAUUCUGAAGUCGGGUGUAACUUAAACUCAGGUUUA